AAAGGUUCUGCAGCUUUUAGGGCCCUGUGGAGACUACAUCUCAGCUCCUCUCGCUGUCCUCUGCAGGUCCCUCCUGACUGCUGAACUGCAGAAUGUGAACAUUGUGAGGAGAAGCUAUAGAAUCACUGUUCACUACUGACUAUGAAGAUGGAUUUUUAGGAAUAAUAAAGCUGUUGGGAAGACAUGAAUGGGUCCAAACUGUCAGUCACAUUUAGACAACUCUCCUCAUGUGUUUCCUCCGCUGUUCUUAACGUUCAACAGGAACUCUGACUCGGUGGAUCUGCCUGUGUUUGGAGGACAAAACACUAAAAUGUGUUUCCAUGUUAUUUCUCAACACUGUUGAGUUCCCAACACAAAGAAAAUCCUGGAACCAGACAGCAGGCAGGAGGAUGAUGCAAGUUUACGCUAACAGCAGAGCUGCCACUCACCAGCAGAGCAACAUACACCAACAGAGUGACACACUCCUCUGGUAACGGUGUGAGUCAUCAGAGGGAGGAGCCUAGCGCAGACCAGCUGCUUUAAAAAGGCUCAGCUUCUAACUUUGUCAGAACAGAAAUAGAGUGGUGGAAGUGAGUGAGGGCGACUGGAUCUGAGCUGCUGACCAGUGAACUGUCUGCCCGGCACACCUCUACUCUGAAGAAGACCCACCCUGAUCACUGGCCAGAAACUCAUCAUAGAUCUUUCUCUUGUUAGAGUGAAGCAGCAUGGCACGUUAGCUAUCUGCAGUAAUCUAUUAAAACAAUGAAGCCAAAAUGUAAUUUAACAUUUUAACAUAAAAUCCAAACUACAGUUCCACACGUCCUACCACAAAGAGAAAAGGAAUAGCACAAACCAAAGGACCAUGUUACACAUAAAGGAAUACUUCACAGAGGGACUCAUUCAGAUGGCCAUCCUGUUGAGUCUCUGUGGAGUUAGGGUGCAUGUGGGACUGGAGGUGUUCUUGCCUCCAUCCUGGUGUGAGCUGAUUCUGGGUCCAACCUCUGCGCUGACACACACACAGAUCCUGAACCUCCGCAACCGGCACAGCCUGCACCCCAAGAUGGUGGAUCUGGAUCAGUUCUUCACAGCGCGCAGGCUGUUUGGCUGGGUCCGCUCUCUGGACCGGAUACAGGUUUCUCAGGCAGAGCUGGAGACAUGGCUGGUCCAGCAGGAAGUUGGUCCUCUGUCUGGACGAUUUCCUGACCAGAACUUUCUGAUGGACAGAACACUGGGUCAGGUAGAGAGAGACCAAAGUGAGCCAACUAUGGGACAAGGAGAAGUUCUGGAUAGUCUGGAGGAAGAAGAGCAGAGAACUAAUAUUGACAGAAGUGAUGAAUCCUCUGAUGAAAAUCAGCCACUGGGCCUCGACCUGGAACUCCAGUGGCAGGAUCUAAUGGACAUCCUGGAGCCUGAGAACAUAGACGUUGAAAUGAUGACCUGUUCAAACCACAGCCCUGACUCAAGAACAGCUGCGACUGCACCAGGUGAUGGGUCUGAAGCUCCGCCCCCAUGUUCCAACACCCGUCCUGGGUCAGAGCAUCUCACAGGGACCUACUGGCAGCAGGAUCUGUUUGGGACUGCUAACCAGCUGCAACAGGAGCCAGUUCUUCUUCCAUUGACUCCCAGUGAUGAGCUGGAUAAGGAUGGUUCAGUGAUCAACACAGGUUUCACUUUGGAGAACUCCAGGAUGGACUCCUGGACAAUUCCUUCAAACUACGCUGACCUGCUAGACGAAAAUCCUGGUGGAGAUAACUUGGCAGUCUUCAGCAUGGACCUGCUCACUCAAGACAUUUCUCCCUUCAGCUCAGACUCUUCAUCAUAUGACCUGAAAACUCCUAGUGUCAGCCAAGCGUCCGGAGGGAAUGAUCUGGACCAGGACUUUGGACGAACAUCGUCCAGUUCCUUUGUGUUGGCUGAGGAAGGUGCAGACGGUUUUCCUGGCCACAUCAGAGACCUGUUGGAGAAUUUGAACAUCUUGGAAGACAUUCAGUUGUUAGAUGGACAACUGGAGGAAGGAUUCAGUCCUGAGCUGGAAGCAAUGUCUAAAGAGGAAGAGCAACUACACUGUGAUGGAGUCCAUCAGAGAGCUGGAAGGAGAGGUAACUGGAUGGAAGAUCAGGAGCAGCCCAGCAGACUGGGAGAUGUCUGGGCGGAGGCGGAGGUGGAGACGGACUCAGACUCCGGCCUGUCUCUGGACUUCAUCCACAGCCCUUCUUCCUUCUCUUCUCCUAUUGUUUCUGAAGGCUCAGCAGAUGAUUCUUCAUCCUGUGCGUCGGCUGUGGAGAAUGUGUUUUCUGACGAGGUGGACAGCAGCAAUGAGGACGGCUCAGCUCGAUCGCAUUUAGAAGUGGAGGUGACCAUUAAGCAGGAGGAAGUGGAGGAGGAGAUGGGAGCGGUUGGAGGACAUGGCGUACCACAGUUCCCUCCUAACCACGAAGAUUCCAAACUGUUUCCAGGCUUUUCCUGGGUGGAACACAUAGGCCAUGAUCACACCUACUACAACCCGCCCUUGUCCUCGCUGUCUUCUCCAGCUCCUGGGACGAUGUCCCCCAUACAGACUGAAUCAGCAGUGAGGGCUGGCAGCACCAGGCCAUGCUGCCUUUCCUCCUCCAGCCUGGCUCCAGAAACUAAAGCCUGGAGCCGAGAUGAGGAGCGAGCCCGGGCCCUCAGGAUCCCUUUCUCCUACCAGCUGAUUGUUAACUUGCCAGUAGAGGAGUUUAACCACCUGCUGAGUAGCGGCCAGCUCGGCCAGCUCAGCCAGCAGCAGCUGACCCUCAUCAGGGACAUCCGGCGGCGUGGGAAGAACAAGAUAGCUGCUCAGAACUGCAGGAAGAGGAAACUAGACGUUCUGCUAGCGUUGGAGGAAGACUUGAAGGCCCUGAGACUCCAUCGCUCAAAGCUGCUGCAGGAGAAGAGGAACAGCCUCAGGCGCUUGCAGGACAUGAAGAGCAGAUUUGGGAAGUUGUACCAGGAAAUCUUCUCCCAGCUGGAGGAUGAGAACGGCAGACCGCUGGACGCCACAGAGUACACGCUUCGUUUUGGACCUGAUGAUACAGUUACUGUGGCGUCGAUCAGAGCCAGUCAAAACGGCAAAAAACACAAAGGCGUGAAGAAGAAGAGGAGCUGAAUAAGAACUGAUCAGGUUGGAACC